CGGGCCUGCUAACGCUCCAAGCAUUUGUUAAUCAAAGCGGUGCCACCAAAGGCAAGUUCAUCUUGGGAUAGGUCUGAUGAGGGAGGAACUCAAGCGGAUAUUAAAAAGCAUUAAAGAGAUUGAAGGGAACACUGGCGACGUGGUCAAUGGUGAUCGGCAUAUCAAUACUACGUAGAUGGUCUUGGGCGGCGGCUAGGGUGGCGUGGAGUCAGAAACCUCUGAUGUACAAACUCGCCCUGGUUCCGCUCAAACAGCCCCCUUCUUCCUCUGUGCAACUCUUCCCCUUCUGUACAAAUCAACUACCAGAGUCAACGCUCAUGCCAGCCAUGUCAAUGUCAAUCGUCUCGCUGUUCUCUGUUCACUGCUAGCGGAUUUUAUGUAACACCGUCUCGACCGUCUCGCCACAUUUCAGUCUGACCUCGAUCUCCUUCCUCCCCUCGAGAUCUUGCUCAUCAUGGUCACCCUCUCUUCUUCAUCUUAUGAUGAAAAUUGGAUUACGGAUUGUGGACUUUUGGUUUGUCUAUGGAUUUAAAGUGUCUUCUUCAUCUUACGGAUCUUGCUUGAUUGUUAGUAAAGUUUUAAUGUUGUGGCUAUUUUGACAUAGAAAAUUUAGAUCUUGGAUUGUUUAGGUUUAACGACAAUGUGUUUUUGAUGCAAACAAAGAUAUUUUUUUCUUCUGUUUAUCUGUUUUUAGAUAGUGGGGGCAUUAUGUGGCUCAAGGUCUGAGUGUUAUUAGGUACUUUAACACUAACGAGAAGUUUGAUGAUCUGGAGCUUUGUGGUGUGGUGAAGAACAUUGAUGAUUACAUCUCUAUCUAUUUUACUUUUGCACCAAUUCUCUUGGUAAAAUUGUGUAUCCUUUACACUCAAGUACAGCAGUUAACUGAAGCACUAACUAGGUUGGUAUUUUUAACGAGGAAGGAAGCCAAUACUGCAUUAAUGAUUUAUCUAAGAGCAUGGAGAUCAGAGGCAAUUAGAAGGUAUUUGUGAUGUCGUAUUCACAGAAGGGCGAUCAAAGUGUCUGUUAAGAUUCAUAUUGAGGCGGCUAUAAAAAGAGAAGGAACAAAGCAUCUCUGGUUUUUAUUUAGUAUCUCUACCUAAAUUCAUAGUUUAUUGUGUUCAAGCUACACACAUUCUCUUAAUUUUUUUGUAUUAUUAUUGACUUUAACAAAAACUAUUUAUAAAUCUUUGAAUCAUACUAAGGGUCGAUUUUGGACAGCUUAGUAUAGGUUGGAUAUGAAAUUUAGAAAGUUAGCCAGUUAA